GAGUAGGAGCGUGCUGAAAGUUUGAGUUCAACAGUUUCUGUGUAAUCAACGACGAGAGGCGCGUUAGCACAGACACACACACAGACACACACACACACACACACACACACAGACACACACAGACAGACGGACGGACAGCAGCUCCGACGUCCACACGGAGGCACCGGGACGACGCAGCGCUCCAAGCCGGGAAACGGAGCGCGACCGCCGGCAUGAAGGUCGAGUUCGCCCCGCUGAACAUCCCGCUGCGGAGGAGGCUGCAGACGGCCGCCGUGCUGCAGUGGAUCUUCUCCUUCCUGGCUCUGGCUCAGUGCUGUCUGGCUGGCUUUGUCCUGCUGGCUCUCUCUGAUUGGUGGUUGCUGGCUCUGCUGUAUGCUGGUUGGCUCUGGCUGGACUGGGACACGCCCACCAGUGGGGGUCGGAGGUCCAGUUGGGUCCGUAGCUGGACGGUGUGGGAGUACUUCAGGGACUACUUCCCCCUGACGCUGAUCAAAACUGUUGAUCUGGAUCCUAAGAAGAACUACAUCUUUGGAUUCCACCCACACGGUGUGCUGGUUGCCGGGGCGUUUGGUAACUUCUGUACAGAGGCAACAGGUUUCUCUCAGCUGUUUCCUGGACUGACUCCUCACCUGCUGAUGCUUCCGUUCUGGUUCAGAGUUCCACUCUUCAGGGACUACAUCAUGUGUGGAGGUCUGGUGUCCAGCUGUAAGUCCAGUCUGUCCUACCUGGUCAGUCGUCCUGGAGGAGGAAACGUCGCCGUCAUCGCAGUGGGCGGAGCUCCAGAAGCUCUGGACGCUCGGCCAGGAGCUUUAACGCUGCAGGUGCGAAACAGGAAGGGCUUCAUCAAACUGGCCCUCAAACACGGGGCUCAGCUGGUUCCAGUCUUUUCUUUUGGAGAGAACGAGCUGUUUGACCAGAUGGAGAACCCAACCGGAUCCCCGCUGAGGACGCUGCAGAACCGACUGCAGAGCAUCAUGGGAGUUGCCAUGCCGCUGUUUCACGCCAGAGGAGUUUUCCAGUACAGUUUUGGAGUGAUCCCCUACAGGAAGCCCAUCCACACCGUCGUGGGGAAGCCGAUCCCGGUCACCCAGACUCCGAGUCCCAGCAGAGACGACAUCGAGAGUCUCCAUAAAGUUUACCUGCAGAGUCUGACCGAGCUGUUCGAGCAGCACAAACACACCUACGGCCUCGAUGAGCAUCAGCACCUCACCUUCAUAUGACACCUGACGCCACGGCCCCACCUGCAGUCACAUGAGCGCCUGAUGGCUCCAGACAAUGGCUUUGUCGCUCAUUGAUUUAAAUGAGGAAUGCUAACUACUUUUUCAUGCCAAAGAUGAGUUUUUAUUGUGUUUCUGUGUAAAGAAAGUGACCUCAGAUGAUGAUACAACAGAUGAUUGACAGGUGAGUCAUUCAUAGGUGUCGUGUGACAUCACAGGGGAUGGUGCAGUGUGAUUGGUUGAUGUGGACAUAUGAAUGCUGCUGCUAGCGGCUGUUAGCGGCUGUUAGCCACCUGGACUGUGACUCUGGUCUCAACUGAAGAUGGAAGAACGUGGAUGGAGCAGUUUGCUGAGUUGAGCUGAUGGAGGACGGGGCUCAGGGUUCCUCUCAGUCAGCUGAAGCUUCUGCAUCAGGUCAGAUGAAGUCGUCUGGGUUCAGCUGACAUGUUUACUUGAAAUAAAACUUUACUCACA